UUUCCGGUAGUUUCAAUAAAGAGCUGUUGAUACAAACCAGAAGGCGGAUUGUUACAAAACUUUGCAUCUACGGAGUUCAUUAACGCAACAUCUAACACAUUUUUCAAAUCAAUCUUAGCCUCACAGUUUUGUGAUAUGGCAAAUAGAACUCAGUCAAAACGGAUUACGCUAAGUGGAUUUAUUCUUGCUGCGAGUGUUGUAUUCAUUUACACCUUUUAUAGACCUAAAAUCGUUGGUAAAAAUUUGGAUAUAGAUAUUGGAUGGAAAACAAAAAUAUAUCAGGAGAAUAGACAAGAAAAACGGAUUGUUUCGAAGAACAAUGAACCUACACAAAGGAGCAAAGAGUCUUUGUUAUUAAGACGAAUUCCUCAGGUCAUCUGUAUCGGAGUCAAAAAAUGUGGCACCGGAGCUUUAAAAAGUUUUUUGGGUAAACACCCUAAAGUCAAACUUCCAACUGAAGCAGAACCUCACUUUUUUGACAACAAUGCUACUUUUGAAAAAGGUGUAGAAUAUUACAGAUCAUUAAUGCCGCUGAGCAGAAAAGAUGAAAUAACUAUGGAAAAAACACCGAAAUAUUUUGUGACGGAAUGGGUUCCUGAACGAAUUCACAAAUUCUACGCUUCUCAGUCAAUUCGUCCUAAAUUCAUACUUACAUUAUGCAAUCCAAUUGACAGGUUUUAUUCUGAAUUUGUUCACGUUUAUACUGGGAAAACAUACAACAUUACAAGAAAGAUAAAGAAAAACCCCACGGUGGCUGAAUUAGUGCACGAACUAACAGAAAACGUGUCAUCAACUUUGAACGAAAUCGUACGCAGCAACAAUCUGUCGUCCAAUCACAAACAUGUAGCAUUUACACAAUUUAUUCGAAACAAUUAUGAAGCUUCACUGUUGACAAAUGGAUUUUACAUGUUUCAUCUAAGCAGAUGGCUGAGGUAUUUUUCAAAAGACCAACUUCUUAUUGUCAACGGCGAGGAAAUUAUUAAACGACCUUGGAACGUGAUUGAGAAAAUACAAGACUUCUUAGGAGUUGAUAAGAUUAUUACAAAAAAAGAUUUUUUCUACAAUAAUGAAAAAGGAUUUUACUGUGUUCAUAGUUGUCUUGGAGAUAAUAAAGGCAGGACAAGAUCUUUGAGUCUUGAAAAAAGGUCACCAUUUCCGUUGUUAACUCUCGAUGACAGGAUUACAUUGAGAAAGUUUUAUGAACCUUUGAAUGAUGCUCUUUAUAAAUUUCUUCAUAGAACAUUUUACUGGUAGAUUACGUUACUUGUUAAGUAAUUAAUCUGAUUAUAAAACACAUGAGUUAUCGGAAUUCAUGUUUAAAUUACAACUAAGCAUUUUUUUUUGCUUUACGUGUACGUGAUUUAUGAUGUAACAUUCCUAUUCCAGCGGCCACAUUUGUAUAAAUGCUACACUCCCUAAAAAAAUGUUGCUGUGCUGAGAGCUGAAUCGAAAAAAAGUCUACAUCGAUUUUUCGUCUUUUUAUGAUUGACAUAACCUUGCUUUACGCAAUUUUUCUUUGUGGAAAUUUAUUCACAAAGUGUCCCGUUUCUUAGUACGUGAGACUGAAUUGUUCUGAAUGAUUGCCUCAGCAAUUAGGAAACACGAGAUAUUUAAAAUUAAUAAAAUCCCCCUGAUGAUUUAUUCAAUCAGUAUUUUUGCUCUCGUUUCUCACAGUUACUGUAAAUCUUGAUACCAACAACCUGUAUACGCCGUAAAGACAAUUCGUCACGCUUCAUUGCAAUAAAACUUCAUUUUUUCUGCGAUAUAUAUCCCGUCCAAUCAUUCUUAUUUACUAUACUUUUUCAUGAGUAUGCAUUUAUUUCAAUCGAAUCAGGCAGAAUACAAUAUGUUGAUACAAUAUACGUUUAUUACAUUUUUAUUGAAAAACCAGAUAUACUUUUCUUGUUAAUGCUGCUUGUUGUCUUCAGCAUUUAGUAGAUAAUAGAUU